CAGAUUAGAACAUGCGUAUCUACUAUAUUUGAAUUUCUUGGAGAUGAGUCUCAUAAUAAUUCUAAACUAGCGCUUGUGAAAGGUGCUCAUUUGUCAGUCGAGUGUAAAUGGUCAGAAGUUCGAACUAUAUUAGAGCCUCUACCUAUUGAAUGCAUUUGUUUUGUUAAACUAAAAGCUGUUGCUGGUGAUGAUGAAAGUGGUGCUUUUCUCAGGUAUAAAGAAAUCAAGCUUAUCAAGGCUUUGCAACAAACCUUAAAUAAGGAUAUGAUGACAGGUAUUUCUUCAAACACAACUGGAUUAUUUCAAGAAACAACUGGAUUUGAGAAUAGCGUGACAAGCUUUAGUUCAAACUCUUUAGACUUAGUACUGCAGGAAAUAAAUGAACUUGUUGAUGAAGAAAGAAAAAAAAUUGAAAAUCAAGAGUUUCCUGAAUUACCUGAUAAGGUAGAUGAUUUGGAGACUGCCAUUGCUACUGAACGCAUUUUUUUGACACUACCUGAUAAACUGUGGUUGAUCUUGAAAAAUUGUGCAUCUUUUGAAGAUUUGCUGAAAGCUAUUCAACAUAUUUAUAAAGUUUUUGCCCGACUGAAUGUAUUAUCUCCACUUGCUUAUAAUAAUGAUUUGUCAACAAUAUCUAAGGAUAUAACCUCGAUGUUCAACAAAAAACUUCACUGUACAGAACUCAACAAAAAAAAAGCUGCAGAAUUGCUUUUGGAAAUUGGUGUGGAAAAACUCCGAAGAGAUUAUUAUGAAUAUUUUAUUAGGCAUGGAUUUAUCACCCUAGAUUUAUUCAAUCUCUUUACUCAUUCUGAAUUGAUGUCUCCUGAAGCAGUUACUUGUUUAGAAAAACUACAUUCUGUAUUAGAACUUACACUUGUGUGUAUGAAGCAUCUUGAACUUCCUAGGAGCAGUAUAAAUAAUUUUGUCAGGAAAGCUUUGGAAAUGUAUACAGCAGUUAAGGAAAUAGACUUACAACACGUGUUUACAUUUCACAUUCCCGCCCGUGAUAUUCAUCCUAUACUAACUAUGAUGAGACCAGUUGUUUGGGAUCUUUCUUUGAAAAGUGAACAUAGAAAUUUUAUGAAACAAAGUUGCCAUCACUUUGUAACAGCAGCUACUCAUGAUCACAUUUAUGCUGCUCAAAAAAUCAGUAAGACUAUUAAUUUUUUCCUCCUUUUAUUAAUUUAAUCUAACAAUAUUGUUUUCUUUGAAUAUCAUCAAGUAGCUUCAGGUGGAUAAAUGCAUAAAAUAUGGCAUUAUUAGUUAUUUAUUGUUAAGUCUGAGCCAAGUAAUAAAUUUUUAAAAAAAUUUAAUUGGGGUCAUUCAAUAAA